UGCUGGGGGCUCUUGCCCUUCUGAAGAGGGACUCCCAUGAGGCUGGGUGUGCAGAGGGAGCAGGGACAGCGCUGCCCUCUGUGUCCCACCCAGCUGAGGGGGUGGUGAGGAGAUGUCCUGGAUCACGGGGAAGUGUUGGGUGUGGUUCCCAUCACAGCUCUCAGUCCUGGCUGGGUUCCUGCCCUGGACAGGGCCCCAUGUGCCAGCCAGGCUGGGGCUGAGCAGGCAGCUGUGGUGGCAUUGUCCUUUCCCUGGGGGGUUCCUCUCCUGGCAGCUCCCCUGGACCAUGGCAAGCAGGAUCACCCUCAAUAAAGGUCUGUAAGUCUCUCUCCCUGUCCUCUGCCAUGCCAAGGGGUGCCACAAGCCUGCCAGGGUGGGCUCAGCUGCAUGGCCCUGGCAGUGCAUGGCAUCCUGCUGGUGAGGUCAGGCAGGGAAGCACCAGAGACAACCUGGCCAGAAACGCUGGUUCUGCCAUGCCUGGGGCUGCUGUCCCCUGCCUGGGGAGGGCAGAUCUGGAGCACUCCAACGCUUCUUGCAUGUACUGUGAGCUUCCUGCCAGCAGCAUGUCCCACGGUGAUGCUGGUGGCUUGGGACACCCCGAGGGCCACAGCUGAGCCUGGCUGCAGGAGCCAGCAGAGGGUCCAGAGGUGAGGCUCUGGCUGGGGGUUUGUUUCCAGCUCUUGCAGAAGCUGCCAGGCCAUGCUGAGCUGUCGAGCCUCUUGCUGCUCUUCCCUGCUGCUCACCUGCGUUCAGGGCUCAGCCCAUCCCACAGGGCUGGUUUUGGGCUGGGCAGAAGGAAGCAAAGAGUGGAGAAUUCCACGGUAACUGAGCAGCUGCCGGUGUGACCUCCUUCUCCAGCCUCGCUUCCUGUGCAGGAGCCCAGUGCUGUCCCUGUCACUUUCCCUGUGGUCCCAGGCCUGUGCAGGACAAUAAGAGAAGGGUGCGAGCCCCCACCCUGCCGGUGACCCCCGGAGCCCGCCCGGGGAUCCGCCAGGCCCCCGAGCAUGAAGACGCUGGUCCGGCUCUUCCUAUCGCUGGUGUGCGUGGCGGUGACGGCGGUGCUGUACAUCCUGCUCUGCUCCCACACCCGUGUGCAGCGCUGCUGCUCGGCCCCGGCGCUGCGGGGCAGCCCCGCCACGUCCGGCGUCCGCAGCUUCCAGGGCUACAGCCGCGUUCCCGACGGGAAGCCGCUGGAGCGAGCGCUGUGCCGCCAGUGCGCCGUCGUCUCCAGCUCGGGGCAGAUGCUGGGCUCGCAGCUGGGAGCGGCCAUCGACGGGCAGGAGUGUGUCCUGCGCAUGAACCAUGCCCCCACCACCGGCUACGAGCAGGACGUGGGGACACGCAGCACCAUCCGGGUGGUGUCACACACCAGCGUCCCGCUGCUGCUGAGGAACCAGCCCUACUUCUUCCAGCAGUCCCAAGAGACCCUUUACUUCAUCUGGGGGCCAGCAAAAAAGAUGAACAGGGAAAAGAUGGGCUCAACCUACCAGGCACUGGUCAAGGUGAUGGAGAAGUACCCCCAGCUGCAGAUCUACACCCUGACUGAGGAGAAGAUGACAUACUGCGACAAUGUCUUCCAGAAUGAGACAGGGAAGAACAGGAUGAAAUCUGGCUCCUUCCUGAGCACGGGCUGGUUCACCAUGAUCCUGGCCAUGGAGCUGUGCGAGCAGAUCUGUGUUUUUGGCAUGGUCAGCGACAGCUACUGCAGGGAAAAGAACCACUCCAGCGUGCCGUACCAUUACUUUGAGAAGGGCCGGCUGGACGAGUGCAGGAUGUACCUGAUGCACGAGCAAGCUCGGCGUGCCGGGCACCGCUUCAUCACUGAGAAAGCCAUCUUCUCCCGCUGGGCCAAGAAGAGGAACAUUGUCUUCAACCACUCAUCCUGGACAGGCAGGAGGAAUAUUUAAUGCAGGAUUAGACGUGCUGCUGGACUCCAGCAGGACAUGGGGCAGAAAUGCUCAGCCCUGCCAGGGCCACAAACCUGUGCCUCUCACAGGUAUGAAGCUCUGCUGUGGUUCUUGCCCCACUUGUACCCUCUGGACAGUGCUGGGUGUGGGGUGCAGGCUGGAUCCAGGCUCUGCCUUCUGCUGCUUGGUGCCUGCAGCCCCUCAGCUGGAAGCCCUGGAGCGACCUGUGCCCUAGGGGCUAUGAAUUGCCUUGUCACAAGUGUCCUUGGAUUCAGACCAAAGCAAACGUGGCCAUUAAAAUUGUUUUUAAUUCA